AUGCAAUUGUCUGAAGAAGAUCUAUCAUUGAGUUAUGUAGAUAUAAUUGUCGGGGUCUUCUAUAUUGUAUAUGCCGCGUUGGGCAUUGGCUUGCAUCUAAUUGAGAUAAUCGCGUGCUCAAAACUUUCACAUCGAUUCAAUGGGUUCCGUUUCAUCGCACACUACUCGACGGCGGAUAUUCUUCUUCUUUUUCAAUACGGUAUUUGGGAUGGAAUCGUGAUACUGACAAAAAGUGAGAUUAUUACACGACAACAACGACAAAUUGUUAAUGUUUUCAUCAAUUUUACAUGGUGGUCCAGUAGCUAUCUGUCCAUAGUGGUAACGCUUACACGAUUGUUAAGCAUCGUUAUACCGUUGAAAUUUCUGCGCAUGCGUAUGCUCACAUCACACUAUAUUUGCAUUGGCACAUGGGCAAUAGCUCUUGUGCAAUCCUAUACAGUCACUCUCUUCCCAUGGUACGCUGACAUACAUUAUAACGCAAAAGGUUACGGUAUGACAUGCAAUUGGUCUGCAUAUGCACUGAGUGGAACACAAAUGUAUUAUUUCGCAUUCAAUGGGUUCACCAUAUUGACAAAUCUUCUGUUAUAUGUCGCGGUUAUGAUUGCGCUGCUCAACAAAACCCAAAGGCGUCAUUUGAAUGGUGAAUCGAGAUCGAUGGGCUGUGCAUCGUCGAACGCCAGAAAACGGAAAAUUUUUGCUGUGAAAUCUCUAUCAAAUAUGGCCGCAUCGUUUUACAGUGAUAAAGUGAUCAAAUGUAGUCGUUCUGUGGAAUUGAGCUUGCUGCUAUCAUGUUUUGUCAACUGGCUUAUUGCUGUUAUCGGACAAAUAGCAAUUAAUCUGAUCUCAUUUGACAACCGCUGGCGUGAGUUCAUAGUGAUGCUGACGUUCAUGACGCAGUGCUGGAUGAACACCAUUAUGAGAUUGUUUUUGAGCGCAGUUCUAUUGCGUAAAGUAAAACAGAUUCUUAUGGGGUAUUUUCCGAAAACACAAAAACCGUGUGUUGUGCAAACGGAUGGUUUUGUACGCAUCUGGACGAGUGGAAUACGUUGA